CACAGCGACUUCCCCAUUGUGUGCACGUGACAGUCCGGCCCUUGUCAUGUACACGCCUGUCACGUGACCCUUGCCGCUUCCGCUAACCUCCCUCCUCUACUGUCACGUGAUCCUGGCCGCUUCCACUAACCUCCCUCCUCUCCUCUGUCGUCGUAUUUGUAGUACAGUCGGGGGCCCAGGCCCCAGUGUGUCGCGGCUCACAGCUGCACAGCCAUUCCCUCCCUAUUCCCUCGGUCGUCACCGAGCUCUGUCCACCCUCCCGUCAUCAACGGAGGUAUGAGAGCUGCGACUGCACAACACUGAAACCUCAAAGCCACACAAGCGUGCAUCGUCGGUUGACAACAUCUUGCCUUGGGAGGAUACGGGUGACACGCACGUCAAGCAGGACCAGACCUACAAAGUCUUGUCCAGAAGUCAACAAGAUCAUCUAGCCACUUGAUACCCGCCUGACAUCACUCCUACACUCAGCAGCCAUGCCUCGGGGUAUGGAUCACAAGGGGUUUGAUCCCUAUAAAAUAUUUGAGGUAACCCACAGACCCUGCACUUAUCUGUCUAUCAAAGUUCUUCAAGGCAGGAACAUAACAAAAGGAUGGGCAAGAGAUUUAGUUGACACACCGGACCCAUACCUGACUCUGUUCAUCAAAACAGCACCAAAUGGAUGGCACCAGACGACUACAAGAGACAAUGAUGUUAACCCCAUAUGGAAUGAGACUUUCACAUUCCUCCUGGAUUCUAAUGUCCACAACGAAUUAGAAAUUUCUCUGAUGGAUGCCAACUAUACAAUGGAUGAGCAUCUGUGCACGAGGCACCUCCCUCUAGAUCCUCUCCCUUUUGAUAACAAACAGAAAGUGACCAUCAAGUUCAAUGAGACAUCCGAGGUAGAUAUUGAAAUGUGGGCAGAACUGGAGGGUGAUACUCAGCUACGUUACAGCCUUGCCCUGUGUGAUGAAGAGAAGAGAUUCAUUGACACUAGAAAACAGAAGAUUUUUCGUGCUAUGAAAGACAUCCUAAAAGUAAAUGCUCCAAGGAAUAUGAGAGAGGUACCUGUCAUCGGUGUUAUGGGGUCAGGAGGGGGCUUUCGUGCCCUGACAGGAUUUAGUGGGGUCAUGAGUGCCCUGGUUGAAACAAGAAUCUUAGACAUGGUCACUUAUGUAGCUGGCCUUUCCGGAUCUGCCUGGUAUCUAUCACAGCUUUACUCACACCCUGACUGGCCCAAGAAAACCCCGAAAGACUUACAGGAAGAGCUGAAGAAGAACAUAGACUCAAGUCCUUUCCGGCUUUUGGGGCCACAAAGUAUGUACCGGUAUAUCCGUCGAAUUCUGGAAAAACGUCGUCGUGGACAACCUGUCUCUUUCACAGACUUCUUUGGACAUCUUGUUGGGGAAACUCUUCUUCGAGGGAGACUGGAUGCCAAACUCUCAGAUCAACAGGUGAAAAUUCAAGAUGGCAACAUCCCAAUGCCUCUGUACACUUGUCUUCAUGUGAAAAAACAUGUUUCUGCAAUGAUUUUCCAUGAAUGGGUAGAAUUCUCUCCUUUUGAAAUUGGAAUGCCAAAAUAUGGGACUUUCAUGAAACCACAGCUGUUUGGCAGCAAGUUCUUCAUGGGACAAAUAGCCAAGAGCUACCAGGAGCAUCCAUUACACUUCCUACAAGGAAUAUGGGGGAGUGCUUUCUGCAUCCAGUUUAAAUCCCUUCUUCAGAAUGACAAGCACUUGGAUGCAGUGGAGUUGAUGAGACGAGAACGUGAAGAACUUGAAAAAGAGUUGCUGAAAGAAAUUGAUAACCAGGAUGAUGAGGACAGUGAAUCCAGUGAAGAAGAAUCUGAGGCAGAAAUGGAAAUAGUAAAACCACUCAAAACUCGUACUCGUUCAAUCCGCCGAAAACCAUCCAAGACAGAGCACCACAAGAAACAGACAUUCUGGAAUGGCAUGCUGACACGUUUAUUUGAUAGUUCCUUCAUGCAGACAAUUGAAGGACGAGCAGCUAUGGUGCACAACUUCAUGCGUGGCUUGUCACUCGUUGAUAUGUAUCCUUUCUCUCCUUUUUCUCAAGCUGAAGAGGAGCCAAUGAAAUCCCCAAAGGAGACCUUCCAACAUAUUUUUGAAAUGCAUCCAACACAUUUGAAACGAAUGUACGUGGUGGAUGGAGGCCUGACAUUCAAUUCACCAUACCCUCUUCUUCUGAGACCUCAGCGACAUGUUGAUUUGAUCCUGUCUUUUGACUUCAGUGCCCGUCCAUCAGAUUCUACUCCUCCUUUCAAAGAACUUCUAUUAGCUGAAAAAUGGGCCCGACUAAACCAUGUGCCAUUUCCACCCAUUGACCCAACAAUUGUGGACCGGGAGGGCUUGAAAGAGUGCUAUGUGUUCAAAGAUUCCAGAGAUCCCCACUGCCCUAUUGUCAUGCAUUUUGUUCUCAUCAACAUCACCUUCAGAGACCAGAAAAAACCAGGUGUCCCACGCACUACAGCAGAAGAGAAAAAGUUUGCUGACUUUGACUUAUUUGACGAUCCAGAACGGCCAUAUUCCACAUUUAACUUUCGUUACACACACAAAGCAUUUGACAGACUGGCACAGUUAACAGAGUUCAACACACAACUGUUCAAAGAGCAAGUCCUCUUGCAGGUCAGAAACUGUAUCCGAGCCCGUCGGCGCCAUAGUAUUCGUCGACCAUGCAAGCUGAAGGACAUCAAGAGACUCAGUUUGAAAGACAAGAAGACAGAAAAGGAGCUGGAAGCAUACAUCAGGUCUCUAGAUGAAGAGGUACAACCACUGGAAGAAAAAGGAGCGACAGAUGAUGAGGUCACCAAGUUGUGAUGAUAGAUUGUUAGGAGCAGGUGAUUCAUUUGGUGCUAUGGAUUGCAGAGAAGACAUGGAUGAAAUAAACUUACUGAAGAGUUCAAUAAGGAGUACAUCCACAGGCUUUAACUGGAUUCCAACAAUUAUAUAUACUGGACUGGCAAAUUCUGUGGAGUGAUGAGUAAAGUGGGCUUUUAGAUGCCAAGUAAGAUACUUUUUUAGACUUCUUAUAGGUAAGGUGAGGAAAAGUUUUUAUUUUCCAGGCUUAUAUAAAAAUUUUAGUUUUACAUUUCAACAAAAUCCACAACUGACAGGUGAAGCGUUUACAGAUAUUCUGUGAUAUCUUUGUUCUAUUAGGGUAGCACAACACUAGGCCAAAAAUAUUUUACCAUCACUGGCAAUGUCAAGAUUUUAUUGUAAGAAUUUUAUUGCCUUUAUACUAAUAGCAUUGUGAAUGAAACUUUAAAAAAUAGUGACAAUUAUCCUGAUUUCAAAGUUUGAUGAGAAGGAUUUCGAGAAGUAGAUCUUUGCAUCAUUUUGUAAACUGCUUUUAUCAGUAGUUGCAUGCUUGAUUCUCUCUGGUGGCGGCUGCCAUGUCGCUGCUGAUGAACUAAGACAUUUUCUGUUUCAUUUUUUGUUACGAAGAAGAUAAAAUUGGCACAUUUCAUCUCUUGGAUAUUUAUUCUUCUGUUUUUGCACACCAGUUGUACACUUUUUCCCCUCAGCUUUUACUUCUGCACCGAUCAGAUACUGUUUUCUUUUAUUACCAGUUCGUAAGAAUUACUUUUGUUAUAUAAAAGCUUUAUGCACACUGUCGAUGUGUAGUGUUCAUAUAAUUUAACAUUCCGUCCACUGAUGUAGAGGAGAGUGUUGGUAAAAUAAAGAUGAGCUUCUAGUGUU